GUGUGUACCCAAGAUGUCAGGUGCAUGAAUCCCUCUGUUCUGUGUGGAAGUGAAUGCUGUCUAGUCUGACGGUGGACCACAAGAUAUUGACUGCUUGUGGAUUGGAACUCAUACAGAGUGUGGGGGGUGCGGUUUUUUCACCAAUGCCAAGGAGAGGGUGCGAGUGAUUGAGGAAGAGAGAGAGAGAGAGAGAGAGUGAGAGAGAGAGAGAGAGAGAGGACCUUACCUGAGGAACAUGUGGCUCCUGCACAGGGAGAACAGAGGAGCACUUUUAAAAUCUACCUUUUUCUCGGUGGCCUGGACCGACCAACCUUUGGGACCUCCCCCCAUUUUAAGGAGUAUGGAGUGAUUCUGUGGGACCAACUGUGGAGGCUUCCCCCAAUCUGGAUCACGAUGCCAGUGAUGAAAGGUCUGCUAGCCCCCCAAAAUACUUUCCUGGACACCAUCGCCACCAGGUUUGAUGGAACCCACAGUAACUUCCUCCUGGGGAACGCGCAGGGCCAUCGCGGCUUCCCCGUCGUUUACUGCUCAGACGGCUUCUGCGAGCUCACAGGGUUCCUGCGGUCCGAAGUCAUGCAGAAGAACUGCAUCUGCCGCUUCCUGUACGGCCCGGAGACUAACGAGCAGAUCACCAUGGAGAUGAAGAAGGCUCUGGAAGGGCGUCAGGAAUACCAGGCGGAGGUGAAAUUCUACAAGAAGAACGCUCAGCCUUUCCGGUGCUUGUUGGACAUUGUGCCGAUCAAGAAUGAAAAGGGUGAGGUGGUGCUCUUCCUCUUCUCAUUCAAGGACAUCAGUGACACAUAUGGGAAGAGCAAUCACAAUGGCACUAAGCAAGGUGACAGACAGCGGAACAGGAAAUGCAGCAGCUCCGGGUUCACCGAGGCCCGUAGGCAGGGCCGAACCGUCCUUUACCACCUGACCAGCCAGUUCUCCAGCAGAAGCAAGGCCGAGGUGGACCUGAGUGAAGGGGUAUUCGACAGGCCGUCACUGCCGGAGUACAAAGUGGCAGCGGUGCAGAAGUCCCCCCUCAUUCUGCUGCACUACAGCGUCUCUAAGGCAUUGUGGGAUUGGAUGAUCCUCCUGGCCACCUUCUAUGUGGCGGUCACCAUCCCUUACAACGUCUGCUUUGCCGCUGAUGACGACAGCGACUCUACCUCCCGCAGCACGAUAGUCAGUGACAUCAUUGUGGAGAUGCUCUUCAUCCUGGACAUCAUCCUCAAUUUCCGCACCACCUAUGUGAGUCAGUCUGGUCAGGUGGUGUACGAUCCUCACUCCAUCUGCAUCCACUACGCUGCUACCUGGUUCUGCGUGGAUCUGAUCGCUGCCCUGCCCUUUGACCUCCUCUAUGCCUUCAACAUCACCGUGACGUCUCUGGUGCACCUGCUGAAGACGGUGCGCUUGCUGCGCUUGCUGCGUCUGCUGCAGAAGCUGGACCGGUACUCGCAGUACAGCGCCGUGGUUCUGACCCUGCUCAUGUCCAUGUUCGGCCUGCUCGCCCACUGGAUGGCCUGCAUCUGGUACGUCAUCGGCCGCGCCGAGAUGGAGAGCCAGGACCCCGGAGCCUGGGACAUUGGUUGGUUGUACGAGUUGGGUAAGAGGUUGGAAACCCCCUACACUAAUCGGACGGUCGGGGGUCCGUCGGUGCGCAGCGCCUACAUCACCUCCCUGUACUUCACCCUCAGUAGCCUGACCAGCGUUGGCUUCGGCAACGUCUGCGCCAACACCAACGCUGAGAAGAUCUUCUCCAUAUGCACCAUGCUGAUCGGCGCACUGAUGCACGCGGUGGUGUUUGGCAACGUGACCGCCAUCAUUCAGCGCAUGUACGCGCGCCGCUCGCUCUACCACACCCGCAUGAAGGACCUGAAGGACUUCAACCGCGUCCACCGCCUGCCUCAGCAGCUGAAGCAGCGCAUGCUGGAGUACUUCCAGACCACCUGGUCCGUCACCAACGGCAUCGACGCCAAUGAGCUCCUGCGCGAUUUCCCAGAUGAGCUGCGUGCGGACAUCGCCAUGCACCUGAACAAGGACAUCCUGCAGCUGCCCGUCUUCCGCUCCGCCAGCAGGGGGUGCCUGCGCUCCCUGUCGCUGCACAUUAAGACCUCCUUCUGCGCCCCCGGGGAGUACCUGUUUCGCCAGGGCGACGCCCUGCAGGCCUACCAUUUCGUCUGCUCCGGGUCCCUGGAGGUCCUAAAGGACAGCAUGGUGCUGGCUAUCCUGGGUAAGGGGGACCUGAUUGGGACAGACCUGUCGAGCUGGGGCCAGGUGAUUAAGACCAACGCGGAUGUGAAGGCCCUGACGUACUGUGACCUGCAGUACGUCAGCGUUCGGGCCCUGAGGGAAGUGCUGGAGCUGUACCCCGAAUAUGCCAGCCGCUUCAUGGCCGACAUCCACCACAAUCUGUCCUACAAUCUGAGGGAGGUGAAUGAGACUGAGGACUGUUUGGACCACAGUGUCUUCCCCAAGCACAAACUGCCCUACUUUGUGGAGGUGGGGGACCAGGGGAAGGAGAGUGUCCCCAGGACCCCUGGGUGCAGGCCUCGCAGCAGGUUGACCCUUCCGGGCCUGAGCAGCUCUGCGCGCUGCGACUCCCUGGGCAGCAUGCUGGGGGCGGAGCUGAGCAGCUCGGUGCAGCACGGUUCCCUGGGAAACUUCCUGGGGGAGGAGCUAAGACACGCCCUGCGUCACCGCCGCUCACCCAGCACAAGCCCCUCCCCCCAACUGAAGUUCAAGGAGAAGCAUCCCACCCUGUCGGUCGCUGAUCCUGCCGCCGGUCCGGGCCCCAGCUCAGAUGAUCGGCCCAGCAACAGGCCCACCAAACUGCUCAUCCCAUCCGUCACUUGUUUUGCCCCACCGGACCUCAGUCCCAGGGUUGUGGAUGGAAUAGAGGACAAUGGGCAAUCAUUUCACUUCAACAUUGAGCAAACUCAAGUCAAUACCAGCCUGGCCAAAGAUGCCGGCCAGGAGAACAGCACUUUGCGCCUGGAGACUGAGGAGGUUAGGCAGAGCAUCAGCCAGCUGAACCAAGAGAUGACCCACCUGAAUGAGAAGGUGUCCCAGCUGACUAAGGAGCUCCAUCACAUGAUGCACUUCCUGCAGUUGGGCAUGGCCACGCCGCAGUGCAUGCCCGCUGUGCCCUCGUAUCCCUACGCCGUGCAGAUCGUCCCUGGACCAGCUGCCGGCGCUUCCUGGCAGGCACGGAUGCCCUAUGGUGUAGGGGCCGGCCUGCCCCCUCAGCAAGAGACCCAAAGACUCCCCCCGGGGGCCGUUUGGGGCUACAGCGGGAGUCCGGGGCAGGAGAGGGCCGCUGCAGCGGGCAGCCCGUCCGCAGAGGUGGGGCUAUUCCGCGGCCCCCUGGGACUGUACCCACCCUGCUGCACCGGGCUCGGGCACAGCACCCCGCAAGGAGCUGGCAUCCAGCUCAGCUCCCACCUGACCUCCAGGAGCACCCCAAACUCCCCCAACACACCCCCCCAGCAGCCUCGCGCCUCCAGCCGGCCUCCUCUCAGCCCCACCCACUUGGGGUCCCCCUCGGAUCCGGGUCCUCAAACUGGGUACAGCGCCGGCUCUACCCCGUCGUGUUCCCCUGCCGUCCUCAGUCAGUCCCACCCCAGCCUGGCCCGACAGUUCACUACUGCCCCACCUGAGCCCACCCACCCCCAGGCCCAGCCAGACCCCCGCAUGCCUGCAUGCCCCGUAACACAGUCUUGGGCCUCCUCUUCAGGAUCCUUCCACGACAUUUCCAUCAGCCCCAGACGGAAUGAUCUCAUUGGGUCCGACCCCUCCCUUGUCCUGAUUACAGGGGACCCUCAGAAUGUCCGUCACCCUGUCCCCCACUUCCCUGUGCCUAAUGCUGUCCCCAGUCAGUCCUCUGUCACGUCUCAGGACUCCAGCCUGUCCGGACCGGACCUCUCCACGCCGGGCCACCCGGUGAAAGCCGAGCCCUUGAGCCUUGGGUGCCUGCUGGCUGAGUCAUGGCCGGAGAAGAGGGAUGGGGAGGUGGAGGAUAGGCUCAGUAUUGGCACACAGACUCAGGAAACCACACGCUGA